AAAAAAAACUACCCAAAAUAGACAGCAUGAAAGCAAUCGAAACCCAGAAACCUUACAUAGCGAUGCUACUUGUACAGUUAAUAUACGCAGGGAUGGCCCUCUUCUCCAAAGCAGCCAUCUCUUCAGGAAUGAGCUCUUUCGUCUUCGUCACUUACCGCCAAGCUUUCGCCACUCUCGCAUUAGCUCCAUUUGCUCUCUUCAUCCAGAGCGAAAAAGAUGUCCCCUUGUCAAAAAAGGUUCUUCUCAAGAUCUUUUUCAUCUCCUCUUUCGGGCUGAGUUUGAGCUUGAACCUCUACGGUGUCGCGAUCAACUACACGACCGCGACUUUUGCUGCAGCUGCCACCAAUGCAAUUCCUGCCAUAACCUUCACCCUGGCUGUUCUAUUGAGGACGGAGAGGGUGUCGAUUAGGAAAGUUCACGGGGUCGCGAAGGUGGUUGGUUCUGCACUUGGUGUCUCAGGGGCACUGGUGUUUGCUCUUGUGAAGGGCCCUGCUCUAGUGAACAAUCUGCAAUCUUCGUCUGCGAAUCGAGAUGGUGGCGAUGGGAUCAAGGAAUGUUGUUCCAAGGGAGAAUGGGUUAAGGGAUCUUUGAUCAUGAUACUAGCUAACGUGCUAUGGUCACUCUGGAUCAUUUUUCAGGGUCGAAUAGUGAAGCAGUACCCGGCGAAAAUCCGCCUGACGACUCUGCAAUGUUUGUUCAGCUGCUUGCAAUCAGCUGUUGCAGCAAUUGUGGUGAAAAGGGGGGAAGAUUCUGCUUGGAAGCUUGGAUGGAAUAUACAGCUUUACUCUGUCGCGUAUUGUGGAGUAAUUGUGACGGGGCUGACAUUUUGGCUACAGAUAUGGGCAAUUGUGAGGAAAGGCCCAGUUUUCACAGCCAUGUUCACUCCUCUGGCACUCCUCGUUACAGCCGUUUUCUCUGCCUGCGUCUGGCACGAAGUCCUUUACUUGGGCAGGCAGACUGUGGGUUUGAACCUCUACUACUAUGCAAUCAGCUACACAACUGCAACUUUUGCUGCAGCUGCUACUAAUGCAAUUCCUGCCACAACGUUCAUUGUGGCUGUGCUAAUGAGGAUGGAGAGGCUGUCUAUAAGGAAAGUCCAUGGAAUGGCCAAAGUAAUUGGCUCUGCAGUUGGUGUUUCAGGGGCACUAGUAUUUGCCCUUGUGAAGGGCCCUGCUCUUGUGAACGAUGUCCACACAUCAACAUCAAAACAUGGUCCUCUGAAGCAUUGCUGCUCCAAGGGUGAUUGGAUUAAGGGCUCCCUCGUCAUGAUCUUGGCCAAUACCAUUUGGUCCUUGUGGGUCAUUAUUCAGGGUCGUAUGGUGAAGCAAUAUCCAGCAAAAGUCCGGUUCACAGCACUACAGUGUGUGUUUGGCUGCAUAAUGGCAGCUGUUGUAGCCGUCGUAGCAGAGAGGGAUGCCUCUGCUUGGAAACUUGGAUGGAAUAUCCAUCUGUACGCUGUUGCCUAUUGUGGAGUGGUUGUGACGGGGCUAACCUAUUGGCUGCAACUAUGGGCGAUACAGAGGAAGGGACCGGUUUUCGCAGCGAUGUUCACCCCAUUGGCGCUGAUCGUGGCAGCCAUUUUCUCAGCAAUCGUGUGGAAGGAAGUCCUCUACUUGGGAAAUCUUGGUGGGGCUGUUCUGCUGGUUGGAGGGCUCUAUUUGGUUUUGUGGGGGAAGAACAAGGAAGAAAAGCAGCAAACCAAAUUCAAUGGUAAGAUCAGUAAUGGAGAAGAAGCACAAACGGCAGGAGAUGAGAAUGCAGAAGACUCUAAAGACGAAACAGCCACAGCACAUGAAUGCAAUACUCCAUGUCAGUUGAAACAUGAUGGGGUCGAAGUGGCAAUUCAUAAUAGCAGCCCUUCACAACAGCAAGGCCAUAUAGCUGUAACACUACCACCACUCAACUAGCUAACUCGUUACAUUCACAGGGAAAUAUUCCAACAAGUU